AGGAGGGGUGGAGUACGCUCAGCUUCGCCAUAAGUAGCAGAUCGCUGUGGAGUGCAGACUGUGUUGAGGAGCAACAGUUUAUUAAAGCUUGUUGUAGGAGCGGCUGGGGUGACAGAGCGGCAGGAUGGCGGUGGAGGGAGGAAUGAAGUGUGUCAAGUAUCUUCUCUUCGUUUUCAACUUGAUAUUCUGGAUCUGUGGGAUUGCGCUCAUAGGACUGGGCAUCUAUGUGCAGAUUUAUCUUAACAAAACACUGACCAUAAACAGUGCUUCAGCAUCGGGACCGCCUAUCGUUCUUAUUGUGGUCGGGGUCAUAAUCUUCUUCAUUUCAUUCUUUGGAUGCUGUGGAGCUGCAAAGGAGAACUACUGCAUGGUGACCACGUUUGCUGUUCUUCUGGGUCUAAUCUUUCUGGUUGAAAUAGCUGCUGCAAUUGCCGGAUAUGUUUUCCGCAAUAAGGUCGAAGAUGUCUUCAAAGAUUCCUUAAAUGACAGUGUUAGCAAAUACAACAUUACACCAGAAGCCAGGGAUGGCAUAGAUGACAUUCAGAAAACGUUCCAUUGCUGUGGUGCCAAUAGCUCCAGUGACUGGACUAACUAUCCUCCUUUUAAAGGCAGCACCACAGUUCCUGACACAUGCUGCAAGGUCAUUGUAACUGGAUGUGGCAAGAAUUCAACCAACAUUUAUACUAAUGGAUGUAUUCAGGGUAUCGAUGCUUGGGUGAAAACGAAUGUCGGCAUCAUUGCUGGAGUUGCCCUGGGAAUUGCUUUCUUUGAGAUCUUGGGUAUAGUCUUUUCUUGCUGCUUGAUGAAGGGAAUUCGCAGUGGAUAUGAAGUGAUGUGAUCUGGCGCCGUGCACAAGAUAAUGCCGUGAUGUCUCUUCCCCAUAUUGCCAUGUUAAGACACAAACUAGCGUUUGCUCUCCUUCCUAUUGUGAACACAUUUUUUUACAAGCUAUUCUAUGAUCUGUAAUGGCACAGCAUGUCACUUCUCUGUGAAUUUGGUUACAAAAGUUUUUAUAUUAUGUAUUGUCAUAGAGUUCUUUCAGCUGUUGCUUUACUCUGCUUUUUUUUUUUUUUUUUUUUUUUUUUUUUUUUGCUGGUAUGCCCAACAGCGCUUAAAGGUCAGGCAGUCUUCAUAUGAACUUGUUUUAAAACUUUGGUAUUUGAAAAUAAUUUAUAAAAUAAAAUUUGCGCUUGGCUUUAGGAAACUUUUUGGAAGCAGAUUGCUACAUUCCUUCAGUGCCUUUAUAUUCUGUACCAGCCUCAUUACAAAGGAAAUUUUUGAGUUUCUGGUCCAGAAAAUCUGUAUAAAAUGUAUAUGUAGCCUAUGUGCCAUAAGCAAUGCCAAGGGAAAUUCUAUAUUUUAUUCAAAGUUAGCAAGUACCCUAUACUCUUUCCCCAUUACAAUUUCCAUUUUCUACAAAGCACAAAAUGUAAAUGCCAAGAAUAAAGUGAUAUAACGGCC